GUGCAAUGACACAACUGCAGCUCAUAGAUACAACACAUUUAUUUGGGAGACAAUGCAAUCGUCUGUUCUUUUUUUAUAUAGAAAAGCGUACAUAACGAGGAAAAUAAAUGUGUGUAUAUAAAUGUUUGAGUGUAAUGGUAAUGAACAAAAUGCCGACCUCGCUGUUGUUUUUUACUUUUCUCUGUCUGCCCGCCGUGGAACAAGCUUCUCUGCCGCUGGUUAUGAACACAUGGGGCUUCAAGAAUGCGACGGCUGCAGCUUGGUCGGUCUUGCAGUCCGGGGGCUCGGCGCUGGACGCCGUGGAGAGCGGAUGCACUCGCUGCCAAGUGGAGCAGUGCGACGGAAGCGUGGGUUAUGGCGGCAGCCCGGAUGAGAUGGGGGAGACCGCGUUGGAUGCCAUGAUCAUGAACGGCGACACGAUGGAGGUGGGCGCCGUGGCCAACCUGAAGAGGAUCAAGAAUGCGAUCGGUGUAGCGAGGGCAGUGAUGGAGCAUACCGAGCAUACCUUGCUGGUGGGAGAGUCGGCGACAGUUUUUGCAGAAAACAUGGGCUUCAUCGCUGAGGACCUCACCACCGUCAAGUCUGUGGAUAUUUUCACACAGUGGCUGAAGGGCAACUGCCAACCUAAUUACCGAAAGAAUGUUUUUCCAGACCCAUCCAAAUCCUGUCGACCCUACAAGCCUGCUGUGACAUUGGCACAGAAGAAAAAGAGGUGGCAUGCUGAUAUUCGCUCUCAUGAUACAAUCGGUAUGAUUGCAUUUGAUCAAUACGGUCACUUGGCCGCAGGGACGUCCACCAACGGGCUCACUCAUAAAAUUCCAGGUCGAGUGGGGGACUCACCUAUAGUUGGAGCGGGAGCCUACGCCGACAGCUCUGCCGGCGCUGCUGCGGCAACCGGCGAUGGAGACGUUAUGAUGCGUUUUCUACCGAGUUACUUGGCGGUGGAGCUGAUGAGGGCUGGGACGAAUCCCUCGGCGGCCUGCAAGAUGGCCAUUUCCAGGAUUAAGAGGCAUUACUCCGAGUUCUUCGGUGCGAUCAUCUGUGCUAACACGACAGGCCAUUAUGGUGCAGCAUGUAACAAGGUCCCCGGCUUCACGCAGUUUCACUACAUGGUGUCGAACGCAGAGUCCAACACGCCGCUUCUCAAGUCCGUGGACUGCUUUUAAUGUUUGUUUGUUUUUUUUCGUCACUUUACAAUGCACUGAUUUCUCAUUGCUUUGACAGAUCUUUUCACAUAGAUGUUUUUAAUUAAGACAUAUAUUCAUGAAAUCAUUGGGAGCAAUUUACAGCCUUUAAUAAAAGUGUAAAAACAUUC